UUUUCCUUUGCAGCAGGAGGGAGCAGCUGCAGCAGCAGGAACAGGAGGAGGACACGGCUGCCCUGGCCCUUUGCUCUGCGGCGCAGCCCGGCCGCUGCCCAGGCGCCAGGGCAGGCGGGCUGCGGCUGCAGCAGGGCGCUCUUUGGCCAGCCCCUGGCAGCCGUCUGCGGGGAGGAGGGCACGCUGCCCCGGCCCAUCCAGGAGCUGCUGGCUGUCCUGCAGCAGGAAGGGCCAUCGACGGAGGGGAUAUUCCGGCAAGCUGCCAGCGUGACAGCGCUUCGGGAGCUGCGGGAGGCCCUGGACCGCGGUGCAGAGGUGGAGCUGGGAAGGCAGCCGGCGCUGCUGCUGGCUAUCCUCUUGAAGGACUUCCUGCGAAGCAUCCCCUCCAAGCUCCUCGUCAACGACCUCUACGAGGACUGGAUGGCCGCCAUGCGGAGGACCAGCAAGGAGGAGAAGAUGGCAGAGCUGAAAGCGGUGGCCGAGAAGCUGCCCGCGGCCAACGUCCUCCUCCUGAAGCGGCUGCUCUCCCUCCUCCGGCGCAUCGCCCGCAGCGCGGGCACCAGCAGGAUGAGCUCCAGCAACCUGGCCAUCUGCAUGGGGCCAAGCCUGCUGAGCCCACCGCACGAGGACCUGCUCCCGCUGGAGGCCAUGCUGGAGGCGACCGAGAAGGUGAAGGUGCUGGUGGAGUUCCUGGUGGAGAACUGCAGGGAACUCUUUGGGGAGGAGACCGCUGAGCUUUGCUGUCCAGCAGCCGAGGAGUCGCCAGCCCCCAGGCAGAGCUCCCGAGGCACCUCCGGCUUUGCCUCCGAGCACCCCCGAGAGCGCGGCAGACUCCCCGGGGCGCCCCGAAGAACUGGCGAGCCUUUCAAGGGAAAGAAGGUUUGCAGGCUCUCCCCAGGCCGAGGGAAAAAGAAGAGAGCGAAAGAGGAAACAGGCCUGGGGGGAGGAGAGUGAAAGCCCCGUGGAAGAGACGAGGAGGAAGAAGAGGGCAGAAGUUUCUGGGGCUGGACCAAAGAGAAGAGGCAGGAGGGUGCAGGAGGCCAGGAGGCCCACGUGGAAGAGACGAGGAGGAAGAAGAGGGCAGAAGUUUCUGGGGCUGGACCAAAGAGAAGAGGCAGGAGGGUGCAGGAGGCCAGGAGGCCCAGGUGCCGAUUCAUUUUCCCUGGCUGAAGCGCUGUGAGUCCUGGGCCCCCGCAGCUGUUGUCCACAAAUAAAAUGAUCUUUUGUCUCUUCGGACUGUGCCUCCUGCCGUGGGAUAUUCGGGAGUGGGGAGCUGUGGUCUGGGGAUGAAUUGUCAGGGAGGAGUCUGGGAUCGUCCCUUGUCCCAGCACCCUUUGCAGCAGGCAUCAGGGCCGAGUGGAGGCGCUUUAGGAGGGAAACUGUAAUGGGUUUGCGUGGCAAGGUUUUGGCAGCGGGGGGGGGCCUACAGCGGUGGCUUCUGUGAGAAGCUGCUAGAAGCUUCCCCCGUGUCCGAUAGAGCCAAUGCCGGCCGGCUCUAAGACGGACCCGCCGCCGGCCAAGGCCGAGCCCAUCAGCGACGGUGGUAGCGCCUAUGGGAUAACAUAGUUAAG